GUUAUGACGUAAUAUCCUGAAGUGGUAGGUGGCAAACUGAGCCGGAAGGUCGACAUGAAGAUGACGAUGGCAGAGACUGACUCCAGAGUCAAAGUCAACCCAUGGAUUCUAUUUCUGUCCUGUCUGGAUUUCUUUCACACAGGUGUGGUGCUAGCAGUGAACAUGACGCUUCCCAGCUCUCUCAUCCGAGGGACGCUAGGAGGUGAGGCCCUCCUCUCGGUUGACUACGUCAGCUUCAGCUCCGAUCUACCCGUCAUCAAGUGGCAGCUUCGCCGGGAUAAGUUGUCCACCGUCGUGCAGUCCAUUGGAACCGACAUCGUGGGGACCCUGAGGCCCGAGUACCGGGACCGUAUUCUGAUUUUCCAGAACGGAUCCCUGCUCAUGCACAAUUUGAGGUUUUCGGACGAGGGGACCUAUGACGUCGAGAUCUCCAUCACGGAUGAUACAUUCACAGGCGAGGGCAGUGUCACACUCACUGUGGAUGAGCCCUUGUCCAGUGCUUACAUCCACAUGGAAUCAUCAUCAGUGCUGGAGCGCAGCGAAAACGUGGUCCUCAACUGCUCUCAUGAGGCAGGAACUCGGGCCACGUACAAGUGGAUGAAAGGCGGCAAAGCGCUGGGUAACGACAGCAGGCUGCAGCUGUCACUUGACCACAAGCUCCUCACCAUCACUCGCAUCACCAUGGCGGACGACGACGUCUACAGCUGCGUGGUGGAAAACCCUGUCAGCGCUGUGACCAGCUUUCCCAUCAGAUUGAGUGUCUACAAAAGAAGUUCAAUCUAUAUCAUCCUCUCCACUGGUGGCAUCUUCCUCCUAAUCACCUUGGUAACAGUGUGUGCCUGCUGGACACCAUCCAAAAAGUCGAAGAGGCCAACAAGAAAGUCUUUCUCCAGGUUUUAUAACCAACGCACACCAACUCGUCAGACAGUAGCUGAUGAUGCUUCAUAUCCGGCACAGUGCAAUGGGAUGAACACGGAGACCUCACUUUACAUCCCGCAGCAAAAGGAUCUUUCCCCAGGUGACUAUUCUAUCAACAGCACUGGAUCUGCUUUGGAACCAGAGCAUCCUACCAGCUACACGAAUUACGUUGAUUCUCUUACGCGGGCUACUGCCCACUCCAACCUACUCAAAGUAUAGCUGAACGAAAUCCUGCACGGAUUGGGACUUAAAAAAGUCUUGUGUACACUUCUUCCUUCCUUGAGAAGCGUUGUUUGUUCGUAUCAAGAGGUGCAAUCAGAUGAAAAAAAACACAGGAAAACGUGCAACUGCAAGUCACACUUCUCAUCUCAUGUAGUAGUAAUGUGUUUAUUUUACGGUUAUGUUCUACAAAUGAAAAUGUUACAGAUUACAGCAAUGUCUUUUGUUUGGACAUAUUGUACAUUCAGUUCCGAGUGAUUUAUUUCAAUGUAAUGUUUCCUGACAUUUUUCUUGUAGAUGGGGAAAAAAGCUACUUUCCCGAAACGCCUUUUUCUUCUAGAAUAAUUUUUUCCCUGAAAAAUAUUUUACUUAACUUUAUUUUUGUAAUAUUGCUAAUGCUCCCUUGUAGAUAAUAAACUGUUGUUGAUAUGCAAAA